AUGGGCGCCCACGAGCUUGUAGUCGAGUACGUAGGCGAGGUCGUGAAGCUCGCUGAGGCGGAAAGGCGAGUCGCGCUGUACCGCAGGACGAAGCUCCAGGAGUACAUUGUUCGCGCCGGGGAAGACGAGAUGUUCAUCGACGCCACUCGCAAGGGGAAUCUGGCUCGGUUCUUGAACCACUCGUGCGACCCAAACGUCUACAUGCUGGCGUUGACCGCGGGCAAGGGAGAGUCGCUAGAGAGGCGCGUUUGCUUUUUCUCCCUGAGGAAGAUUCCCGCUGGAGAGGAGCUCUUGUACUCGUACCCUGCCCCUCACACCGUUGGCCUCGGAGGGGCGGCGGUGGCCCUGGAGUGCGCUUGCCGGGCGCCGAAGUGCCGCGGGCGCCAAAGCAAGAAAGAGGAUCAGCUAUAGACAACACGCGGAACCCACGAUCUUUGUCAAGACAAAAACACCUCACGUCGUGCUCCGCGUUGGUUCUAUCUAUACUAACAACUGACACAACAAAGAAAGAAAUGCGCACGAGAGGUACCACUUAGACUAUAUUAUAUACUCCAUCGAAGGAGGGAGAUCGGGGAGGUCCGGUACAAGGCCACGGUGCAGGGAUCAGAUUGCUCGGCUUGACAACCUUGACUGUCCGAAACCAUCGUGGUGUAGACCAAAAUUGUCGGCAUUCCCGCUCCGAGGGUCGUUGGCAUUCUUGGCCUACUUGGGGUGACGAAAACGUUCGGAAGGUCGACGGGCUGAUCGGAACCAAAAAUCUCAUUGAUCAGUUUGGAAAGGGGAGAGGGGCGUUCACAUCGAUCGGUGUUUAGGGUGGUGAGAUACGCAAACGUGCUGUUUUCUCGUUAUUGAUGAUUGUUUGACUGGAUGACUAGAUUGUUGGUGAAUGGACUGUACUUAAAAUGGAGCCAGCUGCGAUUGCACCCUCUCAAGUUGUUUUGCCUAUUUACUGUGGGCGGAGCAAGGUUGUGUCGCGUGUUGUGCCAGAAUCACGAUGGACGAUACUGGCGGAGCAAUGAAUAUGAUGCGGCGGACGGAAAAACACGAUGGGCCAGGUACCAUGAGCUAAAAGGCUUGGUAUGCAUAUGGCUUUUGGCUGUUUGGAGGGGUGAUCAUGAAGGUAAAAGUAUGUCGUGGACGUUUUUGUUCGUGGCAAGAGUGAACGUUUUGGCUAGAGAAAAGCGUUCGUGACGACGGCCCGAGAGAUUUGGUCGGUGCACCGUGUCGUGGGCUGGUGGAUUCUUUCGCCACCACUCUGCUCUGAUGUAGUGGAAUACUAUGGCCACACAGGCUUAUUGGUGGAGGUGGCGGCGCAUUGGAUGUUUGGGUGUUUUUGGAUGCGGAAAUCGAGGUAGAGCAGGCGGCCGUGACCGGCAUGAGGGAGGAAGGGACGAUGGAAGAGCAGGCAGUCAUAGAGAAGCCUUACAGAGGGUGGAG